CCUCAACCCUCGUUGCUGCCGGCCUUUGAAUAACAUCGCCGUUUAUUCGAUUCCUUGCCUGUUCUAUCUGGAGAUAGAGCCACCGUGCUUUGUCUUUUGCAGCAGCUGUUUAAGCGCUGCCUUUUGCACCCGGUCCUUUCCCUACGAAGCCGACAGUAAUUUCUUGAAGACGAGGCAAAGUGCCUUGAACAACCCGUCUGCGACUCUCAUUUCGAUACCAAUCACCUCUCGCAUACUAUGGAAGACAAUUCAGUUCUUUCGGGCGCUGCCGAUGAUGCCCACGCCGUCGCUCAGGAUGCCCCCGGUGAUGUUGUUGCGCCCAGUGGAUCGCAAUCGCAUCAAGGAUCGCCGGUUAAAAAGGCCGAAAGUGCUUCCGGAACUGAUAACCCGCUAGAUGCGCCUGCAUCUCCCAAGCCCCAGAACGCCAACGCUGAGCGCGAAGAUGAAGAAAUGGGCGGAAUGGAAGACGCGAAGAAAGAACCCGAUACUGGUGAUGAAACCGGGGAGGGCUCAGUUCCGUUGGGUGUGGAUGGUGCUGCUGACCCAGCGCAGGCCAAGGCGUCGCUUGAGGCUUCUGCUCGUUCACAUCUCGUUUCGCAGACACAUGCAAUUAUUCUCCCAAGUUAUUCCACAUGGUUCGAUAUGCACACUGUGCACCCCAUUGAGAAGAAGGCUUUGGCAGAGUUCUUCAAUGGUCGGAACCGCAGCAAGACACCCGCCGUUUACAAGGAUUACCGAGAUUUUAUGAUCAACACUUACCGAUUGAAUCCUAUUGAAUACCUCACUGUCACGGCUUGUCGCCGUAACCUCGCCGGAGAUGUCUGCGCUAUUAUGCGGGUACACUCUUUCCUCGAGCAAUGGGGGUUGAUCAACUACCAGGUGGACCCCCAAACGCGUCCUUCCAACAUCGGUCCUCCGUUUACUGGCCAUUUCCGAGUAGUUGCCGACACCCCGCGUGGCCUUCAGCCUUUCCAACCCGGCCCCAACCACACAGUUACCCCGGGUAAGCCUCACCCGGCCACUGACCGUGCCGCUUCCUCCACUCCUGCUUCCAAGGCAGACCUCAAUCUCGAACUUCGCCGGAAUAUCUACGACGACAAGGGCAAAGAGAUCACACCAGCUACAGAGGACAAAGACAAGCAGGCCAACGGGGAAGGCGCUAAUGGUACCGAUCCCACCAAGGCACUGGAGAACGCUGCUCGGGAACCUAGAAAGAAGGCCCACUGCUUCUCUUGUGGAAUUGACUGCACUCGUCUCCGGUUCCAUUAUGCCAAGUCGGCACCCGCCGCUGGAAACAACGCCCCGAACUCGAAGUACGACCUGUGCCCCAACUGCUUUUUGCAGGGGCGCAUGCCUUCGAGCCACAGCGCUUCGGAUUUCGUCAAGCUUGAGGACAAUGAAUACUCGAUUGCUCAAGAUAAGGAAGCUCCUUGGAGCGACUCGGAGCUUGUCCUGCUCCUCGAAGGAUUGGAGAACUUUGACGACAACUGGGAGCAGAUCGCCAACCACGUGGGCACAAGGACAAAGGAAGAAUGCGUGAUGAAGUUCUUGCAGCUUGAGAUCGAAGACAAGUACGUUGAAGACAUGCCAGAUCUGCGCAACCUUCAUGGCCGGGAUCCCAUCAGCCAUGCCGAAAACCCAGUUUUGUCCGUCGUCGCAUUCCUCGCUCAAAUGGCAGAGCCAUCAGUGGCAGCCGCAGCCGCAGGGCGCUCUGUGGAAGAAAUCCGCAAGGAACUCAAGAAGCAGCUCGGGAAGGGUUCGGGUGAAGAAAAGGCCCAGGACAAGGGCAAAGAGAAGGAGGGUGAAGCUACGAAGACAGAAGACUCCAUGGAGGUGGAUACCUCCCGCGCAGAGAUCGAGACAGCAUCCAAGGCAUCCCUCCCUAACGUUGCUCUUGCAGCCUCCGCAGCGCGUGCUGGAGCCUUGGCCUCGCACGAAGAACGGGAAAUGACCCGUCUCGUCUCCGCCGCCGUCAAUGUCACUCUCCAGAAAUUUGAGAUUAAGCUCCAACAAUUCAAUGAGAUGGAAGAGAUAAUCGAGGCUGAACGCCGGGAACUCGAACAAGCUCGCCAGCAGCUCUUCUUGGACCGAAUGGCCAUGAAGAAGCGUGUCAAGGAUGUCCAAGACUCGUUGCAGUCCAUCACCCUCAAGGGUCCGAGUGAUGAUGCCAACGCAAUGAUCGCUGAUGCAGCAGCAGCAGGUAUGGGUAACCGGUACAAUUUCCAGCCCGUUGGCGGCGAUUUCAGAACCGGUGUUCAACCAUGGAGUGCUGAGGCAGGUGCCGAUUUCAAGACAUUCGAUCUAUAAACGGUACCGUUAUAUUAUCACAGAUAAUAUCAGAAAAUGACAUGUAUGAAACGGGUUUCGUCGUUAUACUGACAGGGAAUUUCUUCAUUUCUUUCUUAUUUUAUCAUGUACUAUACCAUGUCCCAAGGGAGCAGAGGUCAGACAGUGAUCUUUCUGGACUGGACCUGGAUAGAUGAGACGGGAGUAUGAAUGACUCGGUUGGGGAUGGUUCAUCUUAUUUAUCUUCAUUUCCGUUUCAUUUUUCAUAGGAAAAGGCGCAAUGUUUUGUUUGUUUGGAGUUACGAGCUAUCUUAUAAUGCUAUUCUUCUGAUUAACUUCUGUCCCGUACCAAUGCGAUCCUAUUCUAUUACAUCUUAUCGUCUAGGAUGAAAUGAACAGGCUGAACCAAAUGCAAAUCUAAUCCAACUGGGAUAUAUGCAAUAAUCCAGAACUCCAAGACGAUAUCUAUUCCCUUUUAACCAC